ACCGCUAACAGCCAUGUCCUCAAUAUCCUUCCCGCAUGCGGCACACGACCAUACAUCGUCGAUGGCGUCGUCGGCCGCCUCUUUGCAAGACAGCGAAUACUUCAACUCAUUUGGCUCCUCGUCGGGUGGUUCAAUCCAGAUGAACCCGCUCUCGCAGCAUCCACCGCGUACGCCCCGAAGGUCAACGGCUUCAGGCUCACAAGUGUACGGAAGUGACAUAUAUACCCCCAAGGAAGAGCUGCUCGAGAACCAGCCUAACUUGAUCAAUGAGGAGGUAGCAGAGGCUGUCCAAGAACGCGAAAAGAGCAGAGUGCGAGCUACGGAGAUUUGGCGAGACAUGCUCAAGACAAGCUAUGGACGGGAUAAGGCAUUUAAAAUAUUACAAUAUAUCAUGCGCCUGUACCUCCUCUUCCAUACUACACUGGCAAAGUCAUCCUUGUUCAGGCAUACAAAACGGCCACCAUGGGAGGCCGAGAUGACAAAGCGGCUAGAGUCUGGGAUAGCGGGCUUCUCGCUCACCAGGAAAUGUCUUAUCCUGUUUAACUGGCUCGGACCUUUGACGUCUGUUCAGGCCCGACAUCAUCUAGACGAAGCUUUCGGAGGUACCAAGUCCAAAGGCAAGAAGCGACCACUUCUGCACACCAUUCUGCAUUCUCCGCCACCGACACUUGUAGAGCUGAUGAACGGCGUUUCUGAUGACAUUGCCACGUUCUCGCGUUUGGGCCUCAUUGGUAGGCGCACUGGGGAGCGUGCAGCGUACUACGCGGACUGGUGUUGGCUCCUAACUACGCUUAUGAACCUUGUCGAAAACGCGGUAGAGCGAAGCGUCAUCAUCGAACAACAGCAUCAAGUGGAGUCAAGAUCUUACACAGAGUCCUUGAGAGGUGCCACAGCCAAAUCGAAUCCUACGGCGUCAAAGAUAGACGAGACGGAGCUAGCACGUCUACAGAGGAAGGAUUAUUGGAUCCUGAUGAGCAGGUGGAAGCUCCUCAUGGAUCUCAUUUUUGUCUCCUACAACGUAUUUGGCUUCAAACGUGCAAAGAGCCCGGUGCAGACUUUCACGGGUUUGGCGGCUGCAUUGCUGAGCACCGCCAAGGCUUACGAGCGACAUUACCUGGAAUUACUGAAGGCAGCGAAGGCCUAGACGCCGACGCUAAUUCUGCUGUGUAUUGCUAUCCCUGCUUCUUGCUUACCUGCUCUAAGAUACAGCUUUUUUUUGGUACAGUCCCUUUACUCUGUUUAAUUCGUCUACUAUAUUGUGCUGUGAUGUGCUUCGUGGAAUACUAGAGACCUUUACCCAGGAUGCAAGAGACGCUGAACGCGAACCUAGGACCUCUGACGCAAAAUCGAUUACGGUAUCGACAAGUUUUUGGCAAUCAGCCUAGCUUGCUCACCAGCCAGGCCUCCGCAUUCAAUCUUCCAAGCUUGCACGACCUCAUCCACCUGCGGAAGCACAUGAAUGACCAAUGCGCCACUUUUCGAGAGAAGCGGCGGUCCCGUUGUGGCGUCUGGAAUAAUCAUCCUCGAGACCCGAGUCGCAACGUCAUCGCAAUACAUGGAUCAGCACCAGCCAAAGCUUGCGCCGCAGUGUGAUAGAUCUUACUCACGACGAAAAAUUUCAACGUCGGCAUGCAAAGGUAA